GUUCAGUACAAAGCUGCACAUCAAACUUAAAUUCUAAGUCUAAAGAGUAAAGAGCGAGAAAAGAUGAAAACUGUACGAAGGGAUGCCCUUAGGCCAGGAGAUCACAUCUUUUCUGAUAGGAAGUCACGUCUUUACUUUCACCAUGGCAUAUAUGUGGGGGAUGACAUGGUGAUUCACCUGAUGGGACCAAGCAAGACUUACGCCAGGCCACCAUGCAAAAAAUGUGGGUUCAAGCCACAGACUGGAAUCUUCAAAACCUGCCUCGAUUGCUUCCUGGAAGGUCACUCACUGUACCGCUAUGAAUAUGAUGUCUCCUACUUGAAGUUGGUUUUUAAACGCCGUGGUUCUUGCAGCACUUGGGAUUGCAAACCGGCAAAUGAAGUUGUCGAGACAGCUCAUCGUCUGCUCCAAGACAAGAGCUUCGGCACCUACAAUUUUUUUCUUAACAAUUGUGAGGACUUUGCAGUGUAUUGCAAAACGGGUGUGGCCAUGAGCAAUCAAACAGCAGGCUUAUUUGGAUUUAACUUGGUUGGUGCUGUUGGCUAUGCAGUUACAAAAGGGAUCUAUGAAACCGUGGCCAAUUAAGAAGAACUCGGAACUUAUCACCACCAUAAUUAUCAUAUAAUUCAAAAGCUCAACAAAUUAACUGACAAAAUUUAAAGGACCAAACUAUAUACGUUAUAAAUAUGGUUUAGAAACACUUCUAUGGAAUUACUCUCUCUAUGUCUAGAGAGUGUUCUAGUUGCAUAUAUUUAUAAUGAUAAUAUAUGUACAAUAGAAAAAAAUAAAUGAUAAAUAAUAUAGUCAAGAUUAUGGCUACAGAUUAGACAAUAUAUCAGCUAAUAUUACAUAAAUUAUUGCACAGAAUCUGUGAUUGGAUGUAAUCAUUAUUAUUCCCCCUCAAGUUGAUGUGUGAGAGGGAAAGAACACCCAACUUGCCACGCAAUAUCUGAAAAUAAUUUUACGGAAGAGCAUUGGUGAAUAUAUCAAUAAGUUAAUGAGAAGAACGCACAAAACAAGUAACCAAAGAGCCUUGAGCAACUUUUUCAUGAACAAAGUGGUAGUCGAUCUCAAUGUGUUUCGUUCGUGCAUGAAACACUAAAUUAUAAGACAUAUAAAGGGCAUUGGUAUUGUCACAAUAUAAAAUAGAUGGUUAAGACACGUGAACACUAAGAUCACACAUGAGAGAGGCAAGCCAAGUGAAUUUUGCUGCUGUUGAAGCAAUAGCUUUGUACUCAGCCUCUGCAUUGGAUCUUGCAACAGUUUGUUGUUUCUUAACUUCCCAAGA